AAACAAGAGCCGCACUUAAUUUGUGAUUUCAGCCAACUGGACUAAAGGAGAGGAAAGGAAUGUUACCUGGGGAAAAGCAGCGCUGAGGUCAGAAAUUCUGGGGCCAUUCCUCGUAUGUUUUUGCUUCCUGCUCAGGUGAUUGGACUGAUGUCUUCGCCCGUGCAGAUUCAAGCUCGACUCAGGUGUCCAUAAGCUCAUUAUUAAUUAUUAAACUGGCCGACUAGGUGAAGAGAAAUUACUUUGGAUAUGUCGCGAUGAAUGAGCCUAGAAAUGGAAAUGAGGCAGCAAACAACCAAGGGCGGUCAUUGUAUGGAGUAUAUCCCUACAAAUCCAGCAUGCUUGGCCUGGAGAACCUUGGAGAUCCAUCUGAUAACUGGGACAUUGUGGAGACCAUCGGUAAAGGGACGUAUGGAAAAGUCUACCGGGUGAUCAGCAAGAAGGAUGGAAGUCAGGCGGCAGUCAAAGUGUUGGAUCCCAUCAAUGAUGUGGAUGAAGAGAUUGAGGCGGAAUACAACAUCCUGAGAUCUCUGUCCAACCACCCCAAUGUGGUCAAGUUUUACGGCAUGUUUUACAAGUCGGAAAAUGCGUCGGGUGGUCAGCUUUGGCUAGUUCUAGAGCUCUGCAAUGGCGGUUCCGUCACGGAGCUCAUCAAAGGGUUGCUGAUGCGAGGCCAGCGUCUACAGGAGCCCGUAAUCGCGUACAUCUUAUACAGCGCCCUUCUGGGUCUCCAGCAUCUGCACAACAACCGAAUUAUUCAUCGUGACGUGAAGGGCAAUAACAUCCUUCUGACAACUGAGGGAGGAGUCAAGCUGGUUGACUUUGGAGUUUCAGCACAGCUGACCAGCGCACGAUUGCGAAGGAACACCUCCGUCGGGACUCCAUUUUGGAUGGCACCUGAGGUGAUAGCUUGUGAGCAGCAGUACGACUACACGUACGACGCCCGCUGUGACGUGUGGUCUCUGGGCAUCACCGCCAUCGAGCUUGCGGAUGGAGAUCCCCCGCUGGCUGACAUGCACCCAGUCAAAGCUCUCUUCAAGAUCCCACGAAAUCCAUCACCUACAUUGCAAAAUCCAGAGCAAUGGUGCAGAAGCUUCUGUCAUUUCAUCGGCCAGUGUCUGAUAAAGGAUUUCGAGGCACGUCCAUCGGUGACUCAUCUCCUGGAGCAUCCUUUCAUCAAACAGGCCCACGGCAAAGAUGUGGCCCUUCGACAGCAGCUGGCGGCUCUUAUCAAAGAGCAGCAAGAAGUGGGAUGUGCGGCCAGAACUAAGCACGGACGCAUCAAUACUCGUAAAACGCUCGUCAUAGAGAGCAGUGCCAAUGACGAUCUGGUCAACCUGGAGUUCUUGGAUGAGGAGAUCAUUAUUGGCCAUCUCCGCAAGAGGUAUGCCGAGCUGCAGGUGUACACGUACGUGGGCGACAUCCUCAUUGCGCUCAAUCCUUUCCAGAACCUUAGCAUCUACUCUCCACAGUUUUCAAAGCUGUACCACGGGGUGAAGCGGGCCGACAACCCACCACACAUCUUUGCAACUGCCGAUGCAGCCUACCAAAGCAUGGUGACAUUCUGCAAAGAUCAGUGCAUCAUCAUCAGUGGAGAAAGUGGUGCUGGUAAAACCGAGAGCGCUCAUUUGAUUGUUCAACAUCUCACCUUUUUAGGAAAGGCAAACAAUCGGACAUUGCGUGAGAAAAUCCUACAGGUGAAUCCUCUCGUGGAGGCUUUCGGCAACGCCUGCACAGCAAUCAAUGACAACUCCAGCCGCUUCGGAAAGUACCUGGAGAUGAAAUUCACGCCCACCGGAGCCGUCAUCGGUGCCAAAAUAUCGGAGUACCUGCUGGAGAAGUCCAGGGUCAUCAAACAGGCCAUGGAGGAGAAGAACUUCCACAUUUUUUAUUACAUCUACGCUGGCCUUUACCACCAAGAUAAGCUGAAGACUUACAGGUUGCCAGACGGGACACCUCCCAGGUAUAUUGACAACCAACACCGUAAAGUCAUGCAGGACAUUAUCUCCAGCAAACUGUACAAGGAGCAGUUUGAAGUCAUCCAGGAAUGCUUCCGGAACAUCGGCUUUACCGAAGAGGAAGUCAACUCUGUUUACAGGAUUCUCUCGGCCAUAUUGAACACCGGCAACAUAGAAUUUGCCGCCAUCACAUCCCAACACCAAACCGAUAAGAGCGAGGUGCCUAACUCGGAAGCUUUGGAGAACGCUGCUUCCCUGCUCAACAUCGGCUCCGAGGAGCUCCAGGAGGCUCUGACUUCCCAGUGUGUGGUCACCAGGGGCGAGACCAUCAUCCGCACCAACACGGUGGACAAAGCGGCCGACGUGCGAGACGCCAUGUCCAAAGCGCUGUACGGCCGCCUGUUCAGCUGGAUCGUCAACCGCAUCAACACCUUGCUGCAGCCCGAUAUGAGCAAUUGCACCGCGGAGAGCGGCAUGAAUGUGGGAAUCCUGGACAUCUUUGGCUUCGAAAAUUUCAAGAAGAACUCCUUUGAGCAAUUGUGUAUCAACAUUGCCAACGAGCAGAUCCAGUUUUACUUCAACCAGCAUAUUUUUGAUCUGGAGCAGAUGGAGUACCAGAGUGAGGGAAUAGAUGCCAGCCUGGUGGAGUACGAAGACAACAGGCCCAUCUUGGACAUGUUCCUGCAGAAGCCCAUGGGUCUGCUGUCCUUGCUGGACGAGGAGAGCCGCUUUCCGCAGGCCACUGACCACACCUUAGUGGACAAGUUUGAGGACAAUCUGCGUUGCAAGUACUUUUGGAUACCCAAACGUGUUGAGCUUUCCUUUGGGAUUCUCCAUUUUGCUGGAAAGGUGAUGUAUAGUGUGAACGGAUUCCUGGAGAAAAACCGAGACACUCUCCCCGCGGACAUUGUUGUGGUUCUGAGAACAUCGGAGAACAAACUUCUGCAGCAGCUCUUCUCCAGCCCCUUAACGAAAAUAGGCAAUCUGGCCACGGCCCGAGCCCGAGUGAACGCCGCCUCUCGAUCUCUACCGCCGCAGCUCAGCUCGGGACGUACCAAGUCUCCCAAAUACCUCUUGAAGGUGGACACCAUGGAGAUGAUGCGACACCCGGAGGAAACAACUAACAUGAGGAGACAGACCGUGGCCUCCUAUUUUCGUUAUUCGCUGAUGGAUUUACUAUCCAAAAUGGUGGUGGGCCAGCCGCACUUUGUCCGCUGUAUCAAGCCCAACGAUGACAGGCGGGCACUGAGCUUCUGCAAGGAGCGAGUGAUGGUGCAGUUGCGCUACACGGGCAUCUUGGAGACGGUCAACAUCCGCCGCCAAGGCUACUCGCACCGCAUCCCCUUUGCAGAGUUUGUCACCAGAUACUACUACCUUGCAUUCCGAGCUCACCAGAUGCCAGAAACCUGCAAAGAGAAUGCGGCGGCCAUAUUGGAGCGAGCCAAACUGAAAAACUGGGUGCUUGGUAGGACAAAGGUGUUUUUGAGGUACUACCAUGUAGAGCAGCUGAACCUGCUCCUGAGGGAGGUGAUCGCUCGAGUGGUGCUGAUUCAAGCUUACACCAAAGGCUGGCUGGGAGCACGGCGCUACAGGAAGGGAAAGGAGAAAAGGAACAACAGUGCCACCGUUAUCCAGUCAGCGUGGAAGGGCUUCGUCGCGCGGCAGAGCCUCAAACAAAUGAGGAAAGAGCGGGAAGAGGCAGCGGUCCGUAUCCAGUCAGCAUACAGGGGCCAUCGCGUACGUCAGGACUGUGGACCUCAUGGACGCAGAUGCAGCCCCAAAGCCGGAGGGAAGACCACCAAGGAAGACCAUAUUGGGUCUCCGAGCCCGAAGAACCUACAUAAAGCAAAUGUCGGCCCCGACAGCCGAGACAGACACGUGAAAGACGCCAAGAGAGACAAAGACGGUGUGACGAAGCUUCGCAAGGAGACAGCCAGGCUUCGAGACGUGCGGUGUAAACAAGGUCCAGUGAUGAAGCUCCGUCAGAGGACCCCUCGGCGGCGGGGCCAUCAACCCAAGCUUCUUAACAGCCCCGAAGACAGCCUGUACUACAACCAGCUCAACAGAACUCUGGAUUACCAGGGGAGCAAGAGGAAGCCCAGAAAACUUGGUCAAAUCAAAGUGCUGGACGGAGAGGACGAGUAUUACAAAUUACUGUCAACGGUGGAGUCGAUCCCCGAAGAAGAGUACGAGAGCCCGGCCCCCGCCCGCCCGCCCGUUCUAACUGGAGCUCAGCCUUGACAUCGCGUCAGCCGAUUGCCUUCUUCGCCAGCAAAGUCAACCUGGAACCAAAAAGCGUCAACAAACUACAUCUCAUGCACAUUUGUAUUUAUUUAUGACAAAAUGAUGUUUUAUAUGACACAAAUAAA